AUGAAGGAACCGCAAGGCGCCCCCGGAACGGGCAUUCACUUCCCGCAGGGUAUGGUAUCGGAGGAGGUUAGACGCAUUGCAGAGAUGUUUGCCAUCGAUGGAGAUACUCUCCGGUGCAUCACAGAUCAUUUUGUUCGCGAGAUGGAGAAAGGACUCAGCCAUUCUGACAGCGAUAUUCCAAUGAAUGUAACCUGGGUAACGAGCUAUCCCACCGGACACGAAACAGGUCAAUACCUCACCGUCGACAUGGGCGGGACGAAUAUCCGCGUCUGUCGGGUGAUCCUAACGGAAGAAAAAGGGGGAUACGAAAUCACACAGAGCAAGUUCAAAUUACCCAAGGAAUUGAAGACCGGUAAAGCGGAUGACCUCUGGGGAUAUAUUGCCGACCGGGUAGAAGACUUCCUGCGAGAGCAUGAUCUCACUCGUCCGGACCAGAAACUGCCCUUGGCGUUUACGUUUUCCUAUCCGGUGACGCAGGAUCAUAUCCGACAUGGUGUGUUGCAGCGCUGGACGAAGGGGUUUGAUAUUGCUGGGGUGGAGGGACAGGAUGUUGUUGCGCAACUGGAGGCUGCGUUCGAAGAGAGGAAUGUGCCGGUGCAUAUUGUUGCCUUGGUCAAUGAUACAACCGGGACGUUGAUCGCAUCGGCGUACAAAGAUCCCGAAAUCAAAAUCGGGAGUAUCUUCGGAACGGGCUGCAAUGCAGCGUAUAUGGAAAAAUGCGGACGCGUGCCGAAAAUUGCAGAACACAAUCUUCCUUCUGAGCAGUUGGUGGCCAUCAAUACGGAAUAUGGUGCCUUUGACAACAGUCACAAGGUUCUUCCACGAUGUCAAUUCGAUCUGGAAAUUGACCGUGCUUCGCCGCGGCCGGGUCAGCAGACAUACGAAAAGAUGGUAGCAGGCCUGUACGUUGGCGAGAUUGUUCGGCUGAUUAUUAUCCAUCUCCAUGAGAAGGUAGGGUUCCUAGAUGGAGGCGACCUCAGCCGUCUUCGGGAAAUGCAUGCCAUGGAAUCGUCGUGCGUGUCGAAGAUGGAAGAGGAUGGGUCGUCGGAGAAUAGCGCAAUGGCAGAGACACGCAGUUUUCUUAAUGAGGAGUUUGGCAUCGAGCCUACGCUGGAGGAGCUGCGAGUGUGUUGCCUUCUUGGGGAGGUUGUCUGUAAGCGUGCAGCGAGAUUGUAUGCUUGUGGGAUUGCCGCGAUCUGCAAGAAGGAGGGCAUUCGACGAGGUCGGGUUGGGGUGGACGGGUCAACGUUCGAGAAGCUAUUUCGCUUCAAGGAACGGGCGGUAUCUGCUUUGCGGGAGAUUCUCCAGUGGCCAGACGAUGAAGAUCUGGUGUCGUUUGUUCCGGCAGAGGAUGGGUCAGGCAUCGGAGCGGCUUUGAUUGCAGCGUUGUCUGGACACGAUUAA